GACAGCGAGGGAGCGCGCGGUUGAGAGAGACACAGAGAGAGAGAGAGCCAGAGAGCGGGAGAGAGAGAGAGGAAGAAAGAAAGAAAAGGCUUUAAGUGGGAGACAGACACAGAAAGGGAAAGAGGAGGUCGCCGGUGUUUGAAAGGAGCCGGUGUUGGUCGCCCCUUUCCCCUCGCCGAAAAACAGCCGCCCGAGAUUGUCCGUCACCCGCCCGGCAACAUGAACCACAGCUCCACCGAACCCGAGGCUGAGCCCAUCGAACCCAUCCGGUACCUCAGUAAGGCAGACGCGGCAGCCAUACAGACAGAACUGCUGAAGGACUACCGCUUCGGACAGCAGCAGCUCAUCGAGAUCUGGGGUCACGCCUGCGCCAUCGCCAUCGCCAAGGCCUUUCCGCUGAGCGCUCUGAGUAAGAAGCAGCCCACGGUCCUGGUGGUGUGCGGUCCGGAGCAGAACGGCUCCAUCGGGCUGGUGUGCGCCAGGCACCUGCGUAUCUUCGAGUAUGAACCCACCAUCUUCUACCCCAAGCGCUCUUCUCACAGUCUUCAUCAGGACUUCACAGUGCAGUGUGAAAAGAUGGACAUCCCCUUCCUCUCCUACCUCCCCACAGAGGUGCAGUUGAUAAACGACGCUUAUAACCUGGUGAUCGAUGCCAUCCUGGGCCCGGAGACGGACCACACGGACGUGAGAGAGCCCUACGCCAGCAUCCUGGUCACCCUGAAGCAGAUCAAGAUCCCCAUCGCCAGCGUGGAUGUACCAUCAGGUUGGGACACGGAUGAGGCCAGCACAGAUGGAAUCAGCCCAGAGGUCCUAAUCUCCCUCACGGCACCAAAGAAGUGCGCUGCCAGUUUCCCGGGGAAGCAUUACUUGGCCGGACGGUUCCUACCCUACGACAUCCAGAAGAAAUAUGAGCUCAAUUUGCCAGAGUAUCCAGGCACAGACUGUCUUAUAGAAUUGUAAUGAGCACAGGCAAGCUGUUCUUUCCAUGAAAAAAUAUAAAAUGAAAUAUAAACACAUUUUUGUAUUUUACAGUUUGUUACAGUGCUAUAUUGUUAUUGUGCUCUGUAAAAUGAGUCUGAAGCAUAUUGUGGCCUAGACAGAGUCUUAUUUCUCUGAUAAUCAAAAAAAAAACAAUAGGAAGAAAUAUUAUAUAUUUAGAAUAUGUAAGUGGUCUGAGUUGCAGUAUAUGAAGUAAAUUUGCAAACUAGUAUGAGGGUUGUUCAUGUUAAUACCUUUUUUAAUUUCCCUCCCAAGGAAACAGGACCUUUUUCCCAGUGGUAAAAUGUUAUGAAUGUUGUGCUGCGGAGGUGUUUUAUACCUUUAACCACUGGAGUUAUUUUUUUAUUUAUUCUUAUGAUCACCGUUUUUGACGUCCGCACCUCUUGUAAAAUAGCUUCUGUUGUUAUUCAUAACAUCCUGUUAAUUUGAACAUUUAUUCUCACACCCUUUUUGCUGUCCACACUACCUGUAAAACACAGCUUCUGUUCUUCCUCAUAAUUGUUCAUACUGUUCCUUUUUCCCUGGCUGUGUUUACAUUCUGUUCCUUAAUUUAUCUGGCAUUACAAAACUCCAUUUCCUGUAUCCAACGGAUAAACUCUUGUUUGAUAUUGCGCAGUUGUAGGGAUUAAUCCUAGGUUAAUUAAAGGUCUUGAUAAGCCA